GCAAAGUGCUUUGGAGUGACGGCUGUCAAAGUUUCCUCCUCGAUUGCUGAGGAAAUCCUCCAGAAUCCCCUCAACCAGCUUUGCAGCACGCUUGCGCGAGCCGUUUUGCGGCUUUGAGGUUAGGUGCGCUGCUUGCCUGCUCUAUCAGUUCGUGCGUGCAGAGCCCCCAGCCCUUUUAAUCGAGCUUAAGUUGCGUGUCUUAUGGCCCCCGCAGAAGACCACGACAGCGGCAUGGAGUCUCAGGAAGGAUCGCAGUCGGUGGACCCCGAGGUGGAGAAGCAGCCCAGCCAGGAGGCGGGCGCCGGCUCGGAGCCCCCUGCGAAGAAACAGCCCGCCAUCGAAAGCGCCGAGGACGCCCAAGAGCUCAUCGAGACUCUGUCCGAGCGCCUCUGGGGCCUGACUGAGAUGUUCCCCGAGCGCGUCCGCAAGGUGACCCACACCACGGUGAUGACCACCAAAAUGGGGCUCUGCAAGGCCUACAGCCUGUCGCGGAGCGUCGCCUGGGUCGUCUUCAGCACCUCCAUCAUCCUGUUCGCCCCCGUCAUCUUUGAGGUGGAGCGCGCCAACAUGGAGGAGAUGCAGCGCAACCAGCAGAAACAGAUUCUACUGGGCCCCACCGGCGCCAUCUCGGGCGGAGUGCCGCCCCCCUUGCUCCCGCGGUAGGCGCGCGCGGGCCCCACUUAGCCCUAGUCUUGUACCAAUGGAAAUUUACUUUUUAGUCGAGCUGUUGUUGUAAAUCGCUUGUUGCCCUAGGGGCCCCCUUUUGCGUAAUAUACUGGGGAAUGAGA